GCUUUUGGAGGUGAUGAUUCAGAUGUUGGAUCCCCCAGGAUUAAUCUCACAGCAACAGCAAAAUCAAAUCCUCCUGUAGAUUCUCAGUCACUUAGAGAGUCUGACAUUCAAUUAAAUGAGCAACAAGGCCAACAGAAACCAAGCGUAAAUGAGAUGGACAGUCCUAGUAUUGUACCUGGUAGCGAGUCUCAUCGAUCAAUGGGGGAAAUAUUAUCUGCUAUGGAUCAAGGUCUACCUCAAUCUGUUGGUCCUGAAUCAUGUGUUGAGAAGUCAAUGAACAAACUUACAAACUCCACUCCCAAUGUUAAGCGGUCGACGUUUUGGGGUAGAAGCACUGCCAGGAAAACACCCUCAAUGGAAUCAAUUGAUUCUUCUGGAGAGGAAGAAAUGGCUAUCCAAAGGCUUGAGAUUACAAAAAAUGAUUUGCGGCACAGGAUUGCAAAGGAGGCUAGAGGAAAUGCAAUUUUACAGGCUAGCUUGGAGAGAAGGAAGCAAGCUUUGCAUGAGCGUCGUUUGGCACUUGAACAAGAUGUUUCAAGACUGCAAGAGCAGCUGCAAGCUGAGAGAGAUCUACGUGCUGCUUUGGAGGUUGGGUUGAGCAUGUCUUCUGGACAGAUGUCGAGUUCUCGUGGUAUGGAUUCCAAGACAAGGGCUGAGCUUGAGGAGAUUGCUCUUGCUGAAGCAGAUGUGGCCAGGUUGAAGCAGAAAGUUGCAGAACUCCACCAUCAACUAAAUCAACAACGACAGCAUCACUAUGGCUCCCUCUCCGAUGCAUGUGAUCGUUAUCAACAAUUCCAAAAUCAUAAUUCUCAACAGAAAUAUUUUCAGCAAGAUUUUGAUACAACCCUUGCUUUUGCUAACCAUGAAAGGAAACAAAGAACUGAGGAAAGUUUAUUGGGGGCAGAGUUGAGGAAUAUUAAAGGACAAGUGUUAACAUCUGGCAGCAGUAGCAGGCAGCCUGCUCGGAAGCAAUUCUUAGACUCUGCAAGCUUUAGUGAUUCCAAAAGUACUGAGGCAUCCACGAGCAUAUCUAUGGAUGAGCUUUGUGCUGUUGAUUCUGCUUCCAUGCCUUCCACUUCAAGGGCAACAGAGGUGAUAGAUUAUCCUAGACAUCCUUCUGCAGCAUCGUCCACUUUGGUAGAAUUAACAACACGUCUCGACUUCUUCAAGGAACGGCGCUCUCAGCUGAUGGAACAACUUCACAACCUUGAUUUAAACUAUGGGACGGCACCUCAAGAUUUUGAACGGCGCUCUCAGCAUCAUCUCCUCCAUGGAACUGAUUGAAGACACGAUACUUCUCAAGCCAGUUGAGUGGCUGACUACUUGCCAUUUGUACAUCCUUUUGCAUAUAGUUGUGCUUGUGAUAACAUGCACCCAUAUUCUCUUUUUUCGUUUUUCAUUUAUAGUUUUUCUUAAUUUUUUGUAAUUGAGAACUUGGCUGUUUCGAGAAGGAUCUUUUUCCCUCUCCUUUCCCGUCUUUGUUUCUUUUCCCUCCAUUUACUCAUGCCACAGUUUGUGUAGCCAUUGUGUUUUUCUUUUUUUUAUGAAUAAUAGUGGUGAGUGUGUUAAAUUGCAUAAACUACUCAGAAGGAAAUACUUUAAUUCUGAAACAUAUGUAAUAUAGAUUUGUUUUAUGUAGUAAAAUACUACUAUCAUUGUUAUUUA